UUAUUCCGGAGUCGCGCUCUCGCGUGGGUCUUCCGCUCAAUUUAUCCAGAUGCCUGGCGCUCGGGCGAGCCUCCUCGGGAUGAACGCCCCGCGCCUCGCUGGCAUGGCUUUCGCCGUCGGCGACGCCGCGCUCCUGGUGGAGGCGGCGGUGCGGGCGGCGGCCAAAGCGAGGGUUCCGCGUCGCACGGUCGCUGCGGUCGCGCGCUCGGUGGUGUCCGCCGCGGCUUCGCCGUGGCGUCAACGCCCGCCGCGUCUGCGGCAGGCUCCGAAAAACCGGUUCGACAAGAUCGCGGGCGCGCUCCAGGCGCUGCAGGAGGGGGCUUCACUCGGCGGCGAAGGCGGCGCGGCGGAAGCGACGACGCCAGCGGGUGGCGAAGGCGCGCAGGGUCGCGGGAGACGUGCCUGGGCUUGCGGGGGCGCUGGCGGUGGCGGCUGCCCGCCGAGGUGCCGGGCGGCGCGGCGCGCCGCGUUCGCGAGGCCGACGGCGACUCGGCCUCCCUCGACGACGAAGUGGGCCGACGCCCCUCCUUGCGCCCCGAAGGGGCGGAGGCGGCGGCGAGACGGAAACGCUGCUGAACCAGCGGCGGCGCCCCUCGCGGCGCCUGCGGCUGGCGGAACGGCGGCCGCGGCCUUCGCGGAGGUCUAUGCCGCAGCGGACGGCGUCCUCCGCCAGGCGACGGACUACCAUCCUUCGGCCAGGGUCGAGUUCCGGCGCAUGCUGGAGACCGUUGGCUGGAGGUCAGUUGCCAGCGUCUUAGGCCCGCGGCCUCCUGUCCGAGGGAGUGGCCUCAGAGGUCCGCCCUCUUUCGAGAGCGGCGCAGCCUGGCGGAUGUCCCGCAUGGACGUCCCAGGUGACGCCGCACACCUCCCCCCCCCCAGGGAGUGGUUUCGGCGGGCUGCCCCCGUUUGGGGGCGGCACGGCCUGGAUAAUGUCCCGCGUGGACGUCCCAAGUGA